AUGUCAAUAUUUUAUAAUUUCAAACUUGUAGCAAUUGUUGCCAAAGACAAGCUACCAAAAAUUAUUGAUAUAGAUUACUUGGGUCAUAUUUUUUCAGAGUUAUUAGAAGAUAUACAAGAAAAUGGUCUAGAAUUUCAUUUCUGUUAUGAAAUAAUUAUCGAUGAUCAUAGCUUAACUAAAGAGAUUGCAAAUAAUGUUGUUGAAUUAAUCAAAGAUAUUAAUAAGUACAAUUGGAUAUACAAUCACUAUUAUACAG